AUGUCUGACGAGGACGAGCGGCGACCGCUGUUCAGCGUGAAUGGCAGCGGGAGUGGCAGCAGCAUGUACGGCAGCGAUGAUGACCGCCACUCCAGAACACACUCGACAACCUCGUCAGACGCGUCGCUGUUGGGAAGCACGCAGAUCCACCAACGCCAUGGCCACAGCCACAGCCCCGGUCAUGGGCACAGCCACGGACAUGGCCACGGGCACGGGCACGACCUGCUCGACGACGAUGACGAGAUUCUCUUCUGCCCCGGCGGCAUCACGGGGAAGGAGACGGCAAGACAGAUGAGCAACAUGGCGCGCAUUCUGCUUAUGGGCGUGCUGAUGCUGCUCUACUCCCUCGGGGAGAUUGUGUUUUCCCUCAAGGUGAAGUCCCUCACCAUGUUCUCCGAUGGCCUCCACAACUUAUCCGACGCAUUUGCCUUGGCCAUCGCCCUCUGGGCAGAGCGUGUCCAAACCAAGGAUUCGCAAGAGUGGAUGACCUUUGGGUGGAAGCGAGCCGAAACCAUUGGCGGGUUUGUGAACGCGGGCUUUGUCCUCUCCAUGGCCGUAUUCGUGGUGCUGCAGGCCGUGCCAGACUUUAUCUACCCAGACCCAGACAAGAUACAGCAGAGCGAGGCCAUCUACUUUGUCAUCAUCGCCGCCAUCGGCAUCUUCCUCAACGUCGUCGGCAUGAUUGCAUUCUGCGGCCACGGCCACGCGCACGGUCACUCGCACGGCGGUGGCGGUGGGCACAGUCACGGGCACAGCCAUGGCGGCCACGGCCACAGCCACGACGACGACGGCGACGACGACCACGCACAUGAGAACAAGACGGACCACAACAUCUGGGCGCUGUUUCUGCACUUCCUCGGGGAUGUGCUCACGUCCAUCCUCGUGCUCGCCGUCGGCCUCAUUGCAAAGUUCUACGACCCGAGCGAACACAAGUGGGUGCAAUACAUGGAUCCCACCGCUGCUGUGCUGUCAUCGCUGAUCAUCGUGGCCACGGCGUGGCCCGUCAUGGCAUCAACCAUGCGCAUCUUCCUCCAGUUCUCUCCGAGCUACCUCGAUAUUCAAGGCAUCAAGGCGGAGAUACGGCGGGCGACGGCCGUGGUUGAGAUCCACGAGGCGCACUUCUGGCAGCUCGUGGACGGGCUCGUCAUCUGCACCAUGCACCUCAAGAUUGCAGGCGGCGCAAACUGGGAGGAGAUUCGCAAGAGUGUCCUGAGCAUCCUGCACCGCUAUGGCAUCCACAACACCACCCUCCAGCCAGAGUUUAUCCACCGGGGAGCGCUGCUGCAAGUGAGCAUAACGGAAUUUUAG